UGCUCAGAUACGUAGACAGUGACUUCAUACUCAUUUUUCAAUGCACGUCCAUCGGCUGUCGCUCCCCUGUUGCAGUGGAUAUAUCGCCAUUUUUUUUAAUGCUCCGUGUAUGUGUUAGGAUUUUAACAGACAUGUAAGGAAACGCACUUGCGCUUGUCGAAGAUCUGCCGCUGAGGACGUUUUGUUCUCUCUUCAUAGCGGUCUGUUCACUUACAAUCAUAUUGCUUCAAAUUGAAGACGGGCUGUGAUCAGAUAAUGAUGAUGGAUACACGAUCGAUUACAGCUCUCUUCAGAGGUGGCAGCAAUGGCGGAAGAAACGGUGCAAUAUACACCUGCCAUAUACAGGAAUCAUGCUAAAAGUGAUGACGGUGGAAUCCUUAUAAAUUUCCAACAAUACAAUGAACACCACCUUUCUACCAUCAGACCUGGUGGAUGUGCCAAAACAGCAGACUUUCAAUGGCACCCCAGGCACACACACCCCUUCAGGUUGGGCCGUGAUCCACACUGCAACUUUGACCUUUUGCUCCCUCCUCCUCAUCUUUAUAUUUUUUUUGGGCUCUUAUGGCAACCUUGUGGUGUUCCUGUCUUUUUUUGAUCCAGCGUUUCGCAAGUUCCGCACCAACUUUGACUUCAUGAUCCUCAAUCUAUCCUUCUGCGACUUGUUCAUUUGCUGUGUGACUGCUCCCAUGUUUGCACUAGUGCUGUUCCUGGAUGCAGGCGGAGGGGAUGGUGUAUCAAAGAGUUUCUGCUUUGCCUUCCACCUGACGAGCUCAGGCUUUAUCAUCAUGUCCCUGGAGACUGUAGCGGUCAUUGCCUUGCACAGGCUGCGCAUGGUUUUGGGGCAACAGCCCAACCGAACCGCAUCCUUCCCCUGCACACUGGCCCUCACUGCCCUGCUAUGGACAUCCAGCUUCACCAUGGCGGCUCUUCUUACAAUGCGGGCAUACCCACGAAGAGAUGGGCCCUGUUUACCGCACUUUGGCCUGGGAGGUGGACAGGCCAGAGUUGUAUUGUAUGUCUACUUGGCAGACUUUGCCUUCUGUGUUGCUGUGGUGUGUGUGUCUUAUCUGAUGAUUGCUCGGACACUGAGGAAGAAUGCCCAAGUGAGGAAAUGUCCCAUCAUCAGUGUAGAUGCCACAUGCCCGCCACCUCCUCCCCCUCUUAUUGCAGCUGGCUUUGAGAGCAUGCAGUGUGCUGUUCAAGGCCCCUCUCUGUACCGCAAUCAGACUUAUAAUAAACUGCAAAAUGUACAGACACACUCUCAUACUAACAGGAGCAACCAAGCUGUAGUUCCAGGGGCAGCCCAAGGAGCCACCUGCUGUCAGCUGGUCUCUUCAGUCAACUUGGCCACGGCCAAAGACUCCAAGGCUGUCGUGACCUGUGUAGUUAUUGUGUUUUCUGUGCUGCUAUGUUGCUUGCCAAUGGGGGCUUCACUGGCGCAGGAUGUUUUGUCUCCUAAAAGUAGCUUUGCACACUACCAGUUUGAACUAUGUGGCUUUGUGCUAAUUUUUCUCAAAUCUGGUAUUAAUCCAUUUGUGUAUUCACGCAACAGCGCAGGCCUCCGCCGCCGUGUGCUGUGCUGCAUUCAGUGGGCUGCACUGGGCUUUCUCUGCUGCAAGCAAAAGACUCGCCUGCAUGCAAUGGGGAAGGGCAGCCUGGAAGUCAAUCGCAAUAAAUCUUCCCAUCAUGAGACCAAUUCAGCUUAUGUUCUGUCACCCAAGCCGCAGAGAAGGCUGGUGGAUCAGGCUUGUGGACCCAGUCACUCUAGGGAGUGUGGUGGUAGUCCUAGAGCCACAGGUGUGCGCAAGCCUCGUCUCCCAAGUACCUCUACACCAAUCAACACCCGCAUCGAACCCUACUAUAGUAUAUACAACAGCAGUCCCUCUGCAGGUCCAAGCUCCCCCACCAGCCUGCAGCCUGUCAGCUCUCAGACAUUUGCCUUUGUCAAGUCCUAUGUAGCCAUGCACUACCACACUCACCAAGACGCACUGCAAGACUUUGACAGCACCUCAGCACAUCAGAUUCCUAUUCCUUCAGUCUAGUCAUGGGACAGAAAGGCUUGGACAAUCUUACCAUGGAUUUAAAUCAAAUGUGACUAAAAAGAGGAACAUAAAUACAGCUUGUUGUAUUUGAAAUUAUUAGCUUUGUAUCAUCCUACAAGACAUACUACCAGAGGAAUAAGUUUUGCCACUGAAAUUAAAACCCAAGUUCUAUUAUGAAAAGUGUUUGAUCCAAAAGGUUACUGUUUUUGAGUUGCCUCUUUGAAUUUCGUUGCUCUCACUGAUAGUUUCACAUCAAUCUUCCUUUAUGUUGUGAACACACGUGCUAUUGUAACACACAUCUGUGGAGGUUUUAUCACUGUUGCCAAAGACAGCAGCGGCUGCAGCAUCAGGCGGCCCUAACCCUGCACAAGCCCACUCAUGGCUGUCGGCGGCAUGUGAUUGCACCUUGAUGGACUUCUGCUUCUGAAGAUUAAUGUAUUUGUGAGCCUCAUACACUUUUUAACACAAUAAAUGUUUGGCAAGUGCAA